GUUUCUUCUCCCACCUAAUUUUUUCUUCCUUUUCCUUUCCCAAGGACAAACAAACCUCACCUUGAAUCGCGCGUUUGUUUGACGGCUUCACUGUCGUCAAAUGAACCUGCAAUUGCGCAUUCCCCUUCCCUUACGUUACCCCCCACCGAAAGGCUUCAGCUAAAUGCCUGGGUCCAUCUAUAACAACCUAUACGCGAGCUUCAUCCGUUCUGGGUUCACGAAAUCCUUUACCCACGGCUACGCACAAUCCGUCGUAGCUGCUACCCACCCUCAUGUUCUAAACUCCCAGAACCGGCCGUCCUUUGCGGCCCGGAAGCGCCAGACAAACAGCCGACUCAGCCGCCUCCAGCAGUUCCAGAACGCAUUCCACACCAGCUCCCACCAGUCGGCCGGCCUCCCCGUCGAGCACCGCCAUGAGAAGCUCAGCACCAACCAUGGAGGGUUAGACGCCUACUUCGAGACUCUACAGAAGAAGGAGGCCGCCGAAAAGGGCGAGGGCGAGGGGGCGGAGGAAGAGGAGGAAUGGGUCCAGUUCCAGUUCCCCAACCGUAUCGAGUGGAAGCCGUCUCCGGCUGCUGUCCUGCUCGGACCGGAUGGGACCGCACUUGAGACUACCGAGGGGGCGGUCCAGGAGGGCGCCAGCGAGUCUGCUCUACUCUUCGAGGACCAACAACAGGCAGCCCUAGCUCAGGUCGACGCCGCCCUCGAGCAGGAACUCGAUGCCCGCAGCGACGUGAACCUGGUGCGCGGGGACGAGGCACAGGAGCCAUCAUUGUCCAGUGCACCAACACAACUGGUCGAGACCGCCAGCGCCCCUGCCACUCCUGUAUCACGAGCACGUACGCCUGCAAGCGUUGCUCGGUCUGCUACGCCGCCAGUCGACCCCCAGGCACAGAGCUAUGCCGACCACCUCACGAAGCUCUCGGAGACCGGGCGCUAUGCUGAGAUACCGGCUGUUUUUGAGGCCAUGCUGGUGGCCAGCAUCCAGCCGCUGGCGACGUCGUACAAUGCCCUUCUCAUGGCUGCCAUUCACCUGCCCUCCGAGAAGAUCGAGAUUGUCUCCAAGGCCCUGGACGUCUAUGCUGAUAUGAUGCGGCGCAAGGUCAAGCCUGACAGCGACACCUACAACAUCCUCGUCGGUCUUCUGGCUGCCCGGUCUCUCGAGGUGUCUUCACUGAAGAAGAGACUGGAGGACAAGCGUGUCAGGUACGGCGGUAUGGACGAGCCUGGCAAGUUCAUGUUCGCCUCGACCGAGCUCGAGCACGCGAUCCUCUGCGAGGAUGACCGGUUGGACCUGGCCAUGAAGCUCUUCAAGUCCUCAAUCACCUCACAGAGCGAUGCGUUCUCUCCCGAGACCUACCACCAACUCAUCUCGGCAUGUGCCCAAUCUGGACGUGUCAACGAUAUGCUCUCGCUCUAUGAGCACAUGGAAAUGAACAAGGCCACGCCUUUCGCCGCGGUCUUCCCUGCAAUGAUCAUAGCCUUCGCUAACUGCGGAGACCUCGUCAGCGCCGUGGAAUGCUACAAUGAGUACCGAACCCUGGCCAUCGCCCACGACAAGGGCGAGACGAGCCUGCAUGACCGCCUUGAUGCCCAGGUCUACGCCUCGGUCAUCAAUGCAUAUGUCAUCUCAGACAAGAUGGACGGUGCCAUGAAGUUCUACAGAAAGAUUGUGCAGGAGUACGAGGUCCGAGCCUCCGAGGUCAAGGAUGCCAUCAUCAGCCUCGGCUUCGUCAAGGGCUUUGAACAUCGGGGUAUCUACCAGGAAGCCCUCCGCUGGGCGCAGGCUAUCGAGGACGAGUCACGAUCCCAAGCCAUGGCUGACUUGGCAAUCGCUGCGGCUGACAGUGGCGACAAGCACACCGCUGUUGCUGCAUUCGGCAGCAUGUCAACCAAGCACGGCAAUAUGGCGACACCGGCAAUGGCUCUCCUGGCGAUGAGUGUCCGCGAUGGCGACGUCACGGAGGCUUGGCGGUACUGGCAGGUCCUGAGCAGCCCUGACAUGGUUGUUGGAGCCUCUUUCAUUGAGCCUACCGCCAUGUUUGCUGUUGCUCUGAUCGGUUCCGGCCAGGUCGCUGAAGGUUUGAAAGAGUCUGACCUCAUGUUCCAACGGAUCCGCCAAUCUGUCCCGAACGAUACGCAUCUCGCAUCCGAGGUCGAGGAGGGGGUUGAUUUCGUGGCGCGCUACAUGACUGCUCGCGGCAUCGCAGACCCUCGAGAGAUGGCAUCACAGACAUCCGCUCCCACACCGACCUUUGCCACCUCGCCAUACGACUCAGCCGGUUCCGUGUCAAGCUUUGAGGAUACUUUCGAUCCGUAUGCGCACAACACCGACUUCAGGGGCUCGUCACUCAUCUCGGACGAGCUCGAGGGUGCUCAUGGCCGAAAGGGGUCCAGGCUCAACGAUGCUCUCACCCGGUUCCGCAACAUGCGUCGCGCCGGCCGCCACCCACGCUACAUCACGUACGCCAAGCUCAUCUCAGCCGCGGCGCGCGACGGGAAGAUGGAUCUUUGCCACGACAUUCUCAACAUGGCCCGUACUGACGUCCCUCUGAUGCCUCAGUACGCUGUGGUCUGUUACGGCUGGUCCUCGAUUCUGGAUGCUAUGGUUGGCGCGUGUCUGAGCCUGGGUCGCCGAGCCCAUGCUGAGCAGUUCCACCAGGAGCUGCUGGAUAUGGGUGCUACGCCCUCCGCCAACACAUACGGUCUGUACAUCACCACGCUCAAGGAGUCUACCAAGACUUUCGACGAGGCUUCUGAGGCUGUCAAGAUCUUCCACCGUGCCAAGUCCGAGGGCGUCGAGCCCAGCUCCUUCCUGUACAACGCUCUGAUCGGCAAGCUGGGCAAGGCUCGCCGCAUCGAUGACUGCCUGUUCUACUUUGCCGAGAUGCGCGGGCUGGGAAUCAAGCCCACGUCUGUUACCUACGGCACUAUUGUCAACGCCCUCUGCCGGGUGUCGGACGAGAAGUUUGCGGAAGAGCUCUUCGACGAGAUGGAGUCCAUGCCCAAUUACAAAGCUCGGCCUGCCCCUUACAACAGCAUGAUGCAGUUCUUCCUGACGACCAAGCGCGACAAGUCCAAGGCUCUGGCGUAUUAUGCUCGCAUGCAGGCUAAGAACAUUGCUCCCACCUCGCACACCUACAAGCUGCUGAUCGAUGCCCACGCCACGCUGGAGCCUGUCGACAUGAAGGCUGCGGAGGCGGUCCUGGAAAAGAUCAAUGCAAGUGGCAAGCCCGAGGCUGUGCACUACGCAUCCAUGAUCCACGCUCACGGCUGCGUCCUGCACGACAUGAAAGCUGCUCGCAAGACUUUUGAUCAAGUCAUCAGCAACCCCUCCGUCCCUGCUUCUGCUUGUCUCUUCCAGGCCCUCUUCGAGAGCAUGGUCGCCAACCACUGUGUCGCCAACACGGAGCCUCUCCUUGCGGAGAUGCGUCGCCGCCGUGUCGAGCUGACACCCUACAUCGCCAACACAUUGAUCCACGGUUGGGCUUCCGAAGGCAACAUCUCCCGAGCUGAGGACAUCUAUGGAGCUGUUGGCCGUGAGCGUCGUGAGCCGAGCACAUACGAGGCCAUGACGCGCGCGUACCUGGCUGUUGAAAACCGGGACAAGGCUAAGGGUGUCGUCACCGAGAUGAUGGGCCGUGGAUAUCCUGGCGCCGUUGUCGGCAAGGUGGUCGAGCUCCUGGGUGGUGGUGAGCAGGAUGCCGCGUCGAUAUCGAUAUAA